GUUUACCUGUACAGUCAUGUGAAUAUUGAUCACAGAGCUGAUAGACCUCAAGACGCUAUAAUUAUAAACAAUGCCAUCAAAGAAGGACAGAUUGCGAGUGUUAGCAGAUAUCUGGGCCACACCCACUCCUUUUGACAUAGAUUUUUUUGACAAAGGAGAUGAGAUUGUCGUCACCACCGCCAAAAAGGACAAUGUGGUGGGGUGGUGGCUGGAUAUCUUCACCGCGUUAUACCCCGAACAAACAUACCGGGAGAAGAACGAGAUGGUCAAAAUAAAACCGGCUCCAGCAGUGACCAUCAAACUGUCGCGUAAGACGGGGCUGAUGAAGAUCAGUGGGAAGAACCACUGGCAGUGGAUGGUGGACAAUUUCACGGAGGUACUGGAGACGGCUAAUAACGAGAGCCAGGAGUUAGAGGACGGGAUGUCCGUGAUCUCCGACAACUCGGUCACCAGAUAUCUACAGCUGGAUAAGAAUGAUGAAAUGGUUCAGGACCUACUGGACAUGAUCCCAGAGGGAGGUGGAAUCAUGCAGCAUGAUUUCAUCAUGAAGCUGUGGAAGAGUCUUAUUGAUGAUUGGUUCGGCUGUGGUGCUGUCGUCUACAUAGUUACCCCGCGUAUCGAUGAGGAGCGCCUGUUUCAGAUCUUUCUCCUGAUGAUUAGAAAUAAAGGUACAGCUUUUGGUGCCACACUAGUCAUUCCAGAGAAAGGCCCUGGAGGGGAAAAAUUCAAAAAGACUCUGGAAACCACCUCACGCAUGAUGAAGAAAACCCGCACCCCUCGUGCACAGAAACGCUUAGUGUCGGACGUUAAAAUGCAGUGGGCUCUGGAAAACUUGAGAGUUCAUCACGAGAACUUUUCUACGAACUUUAUUGCUGCGUAUAAAGACGAUGAAGCCGAAGUGCUCACGACGACCGCUCAUUUCCAUAAGUCUCAUUUUCACACCAAUCAGAAAGACAAUGUGUGUUACAACAAACUCCCCACAGAGGACCUCAAGAGGAACUACCUUCUACCCCUAGGGCUCACCCUGAACUUCUGAGGUUCCGCCUCCCAGCAUGUAGAUAUAUCCAUUUCAUUAUCAUAUUUUUUGAGUUCAUUUUUUAUCAGAGUUAUACAUCAAUUGCAAGACAAUUUGUACAUAUAUAUAAUGAUAAUAAUGUGCAAUUUUGUGUUGAAUCUUCAUAGAUAAUCAUUUACUGCAAGAAACCUUUAAUACUUAUGUUUAACAGGGUGUUUUAUUGAGAACAUUUUUCAAGUAAUCUUAGAAUUCCAGAAAGGAAGCUCAAUAAUCAAGUCAUUUUAUUCAACAAAAUCCCUCCCCCUUAUAUUACUGUGUUUAUAAUCCCAUCGAUAGGAAUGCAAUGACAGUGUUCAGUUUUUGAGUUUACAAAAAAAAUUUUUUUUUUUAGCAUUAGAAGUCAGACAAGAUGGAUUUUUUAAGUUAGUGUAUUCCUAUAUAUAUAUAUAUUUUUUUUUCUUUGUGCCAUCAUUUUUUAAACAGGUUAUGUUAAACUUUACACAUGUUACAAUACAUCGUCAAUUUGUAUAAUCAGUAAUUUUUCAGGGACAUAUUGUACAGAACCAUACAUAAACUAAUUGUAGAAUGCUGGGCAAAUGUUGAACUUCCUGUGAUUAUGUAAUGGGCUUUUUAACACAUCUU